AGAAGGAAAACAAACAUGGCGUCUCUCAGCUGGAAAAUUGAAAAAACAUCACAACAUAUACAAUUAUUUGAAGUAGUUUAUUUAUUUUGAUUAUGUUUUCGGAAGAAAAAGACCAAGAACGUAGAUCUUCUGAGAGACAAAGAGAUGGGAGUCACCAUGGCUUCAUUCGUCAUCGAAUACGUAAUAACCUUUACAAAAAUAAAAAAUUUGUAAUUUAAAUUUUAAAAAAAAUAAAUUUCACUGCUUCCGACUUACAGUAGUAAACGUAGCAAACAUGCAAUACGGAAUCAGCCGAAACUUUAAUAAAUUUGCAAUACAUUUAUUCAUUUCUGAGUUUCAUUUAUUCAUUUCUGAGCUUCUUCAUUUCCUAUUUGAUUAAUUGGUUUUUUGUUAAAAUACAAUAAAUCUAUUUAUUGACAAUCAAUCACUGGACUGGAUCAGCUCUCCAAUUCAUCAGUGAAUUAUUACUGAUUACUGACAUAAGAUUCAUUGCAUUCAAAGAUUUACUCUGUGCAUAGGUUGAAUAAUUUAGUCUUGGGUAAUCCAGCAAUAAAUUUCUUUUUGAUUGCACUAUUUUGUAAUACUAAAGACUAAAGAGUCAGAGUGGGUUCAAAAAGAAAUUUUGAACUGGGCAUAAUGGGGAACUACAAAAGUUUUUUUAAAACACUUUUUGUUUCUUGUUGUUUCUUCAUUGUGCAGUCUGCUGAAGAAGGCUCUUAGGUCUUAGCGAAAACGUUAUCUUUUUAUUGUCCUGUCUUUAUAUUUCAAGCUUCCACAUACCGCCUUGUUCCACUAUACCUAUCACACAGCUGGAAUGCAGUCCUUCAUUUAUAAUCCAGGCUACCCACUACCAAUGACCAGGGCUUGAUUUGCACCUAGCCCUAGGCCUAGGACAAAGCACACACUUCUGUACCCCCCUCUUGGACACUCCUGACUGAUGAAUGGCAAGAAUUGGGUUUAAAAAAAUGCUUGUCUGAACAUUCCUUGUGUUUACAUAAAAUUAAAAAUGUAAAAAUCCCACAACAAUGUAACCUUCACCAACCAUCUUCUGUCAUUUCUGUGACAUUUGAGGGGCACGCUCAAAGUUUGUUGCCCAAAUCUCAAUGUGGCUCAAAUGGUGUUCAUGGACUGAUACCGGUCUGUGAGCCUUACAUUCCCAGUCUGCACAACAUUAGUUAAGAAACUUUAGCAUAAAAUUGAUUGGCAUUGUACAGAUUAAGAGUAGCCUGGGAAGUUGUUCCUAUAAAUCAAAAUAAAAUGCGUAACCUAUCAAUUAAAAGACCACACAAAACAAAGCAAUUUAAUAAAUAUUUUUUGGCAUUGCGCAAUCAUUCCUAAACUGGCAACCUCAAGUAAAAUACCUAAAAAAUAAUUUUCUUUUUAUCUCAGCAUACAGAUUACUAGGAAGAAGAUCUUUGGGGGCAAAGAGAUUAGUGGUGUCUAGUAAAGUCUUAUUUCCAGCUAUACCCACGCAUAACUGUGAUGUGGUCCUUACAUUCCCUUCACAUACUGAAGAUGCAACACUUAUGUGGCUCUUGGCCAGACUUAAAUCUCGAGCUCCAGCCCUUACAGUUCAUGUUCGACAUCAUAGCCACACAGGAAUAUAUGGCUUCUACCUGACCGCUGUCUACGAAAGGUAAUCUAUUUCUUCAUUAUAAAUUAUUGGUAUUUGUUUUAAAAUGGAAUAUAUGCAUGAUUUAUUAAACAGAAAAAGGUUUUUUCUUUUAGUUUGCUUAAAAUGUCAUUCUUUUACUAAAAACGAAAUAAAAGUCUACUCUUUUUUUUCAACACAGUCUUUUACAGGGAGCUGAAGAGUUGGGGAUAUUGAAACCCUUAAAAGCAGAUUAUGGUGGGGGCAUGAAAGAGUUUGUUUUUGAGGACCAGGAUUGUUUCGCUGGGAUUGAAGAUGAGUCUUCAUUUUUAACUAGUCAAGAAAGGCAAAAUAUAGUUCUACACUUUCUUCACGAGCUUCGUGCAACUGGAGAAGACUCACUUGCUGGCAUAACGUUCAUUGAAGGUCAACCAAUAGGUUAGAUGCCUUUUAAUAAUAUCUAUUGAUUUUUAAACAUAAAAAAUGUGAUAUGAUUUACAAAAUGAAAAAACAAAUUAUUUCAAACUUUCAACUGAAACACAUUUGGAAUUAAAAUAAUGUUAAAGUUUAAAUUAAUCAGUUUUUAAACUUAUUCUUUUCACUUAUGGUGCAUAGGAGCAAGGUCAUGGAUGAUCAUGCAAGAAAUUCACUCAAGUAUCAAUAUUUUCCUGUAGCAUGUAGUUUUUGUGCAUAUUUGUUCUAAAGAUAAAUACAUAACAAUAUACCCUCUGAUCGAUAAAUGAUGCUGCUCAGUAGCUGUCCAUGGCUUGACAUGUAAAUAGUUCUUGAAUGUGUGGAGUGAAUAUACAUUUGUUUUCUUUAUUUAAUUAAUGUAUGUUAAUUUUUAAGUUAAUGAUUAUGUUUGUUAAAUUGUAUGUAGAGCGUGGUGAGCCCAGCCCUAGGCACUAUAUAAAACCACCUAUAAUAAUAAAUAAUAAUAAUAAUAAUAUAAAAUAUUUUUGGAUUGAAAAAUAAAAAUACUUUUUAAUGAAUUUUUAAUUUAUUUCAGUCCCUUUACUUAUCAUCAAGAAAGUGAUAUCCCAAGUAUUUCCCCUACAUAAUCAUAAAGAUCUCAAAGUAUUACGCCAAACCUGGGUCCAGGCCAUCUUCUCAACACAGCCUUUGGGUAAAUUUGUUAGGAAUUUAUUUGUAAAUUUAAAUAUGAAUGUCUGUACCAGUUUUUCAUGAUUACUAUAUGAGUGCAUAUUAUUACAAAUUAGCUGACAGCAAUCACAGCCAUAUCUUGAGAGCACACAACUACAUUUUGGAUAAUAUAUUUGUUGUUGUUUUUUUUUUCAAAUUUUAAGUGAAAUAAACUUCUUUUUAUUUAGAUGAAGUCUGUCAAUACUUUGGUGUGAAGAUAGGCUUGUACUUUGCCUACCUUGGCCACUACACAACUUGGCUUAUCCUACCUGCCCUUGUUGGUACCAUCAUCUUUCUGCUUCAAGGCACAAAUCAGGUUAUUAUGUUAAUGAUAUUGCAAUUUUUUGUAUUAUUUUAUUAGAGCAAAAUACAAGUCAGAGUAUGCACUAAAAUAUUAAUUUAGGGAUGAAUUAAUUUAUUGUUAUCCCUUAUUAUGCGCCCUUGAGUUUGGUGUUAGCUUUUCACUAAUUUGCCCUGAGUAAUAAAUUAACAAGAGAGACUAAGGGCUUUUUAGAAUUUAACUUAAGAGGGAUGAUGCUGAUCAGAUAUUUAGAAGCUUAAUUUUUAUAUGAUCUGUUUUAUUGGUUUAAAACAAGUUUAACAUUUUUUAUUUCAUUCAGCUUUUUGAUGAUCUUUGCUAUGUCGGGUUUGCUCUUUUUAAUGUGGUGUGGGCUACAUUGUAUCUCAAAUUCUGGAAAAGAGCCUCAACAGAGUAUUGCUAUAGAUGGGGCACCUUGGAGAAAAAAGAUGAAAUGCUUAAAGAUCCCAGACCUCUUUUUAAGGUCAGUAUAAUUUUUUUGGUUUUUUUAUUACAAGAUGUAUUUUAUGAUUUUACCUGGACAUAUUGAAAAGGCUUAUUCAUAGCUUUUAAUUUUGAAAAUUCAUUUUGUCAAACCAUAUUAUAUCAUUUAUCAUGACAGGGGGAUCUUGUCAAGAGUCCAGUCACCGGUCAUCUUGAGCUAGCCUACCCGUCAUGGAAACGACUUUUGUUUCGUUACUUCGUCACCGUUCCCAUAGUAGCAGUUUGUCUUGCUUUUGUUUUUGUCAUCAUGCUUUUGUGCUUUGAGCUCCAGGUAAUUUAUCAAUACAAAGUUUUGAAAUGUAAAAAGUUUGAGUGUUACUCCUAAUUUUUGCUAAUGUUGAAUAAUUUAGUAGAGUAUUGUAUACUACUAAUGUUGUUUAGAAUACUGUUUACGGCUGAUAGUGCUUAAUUGUGAAUAAAACAUAACCUUUUUUUUUUUUAAUCAGCAAGGAAUUUAUUUAGAGAGCCUGACUGUCUAAGCAAAGAUUAUAAAUUCAAGUCACUUCCUUUUGUUAAAAGAAAACUUUUAGUUGAAAUCUCUUUGCCUUUGCUGUUUGUCCAGGAGUGGGUGAAUGGACUGAUUGUUGAGGAAGAAUUGCCAUAUUUGUUCAGUUUCGUUCCUAAAGUUUUGCUGGCUGUGGUUGUUUCAAUUUUAGAUGAAAUUUACAAGGAAAUAGCAAUAUGGCUUACACAUCAAGGUAGGUGGCAAAAUUUAUUCAAAAUGAAGUCCUUGUUUAAAUUUAAAUUAAACCUGAAUUUUUGUUUCUCUCCUUAAUAAUUUUUUUAGUAUCCCAAUUUACACACCUAUAGAUACCAAGCAAACAAUAACAAAAUUUCUGUUGUCUGCAAAAUAUUGGCACCCCCUGUAACUUAUUUUUUCAGACUACACUUAAAGUUGCUUUUUUUUAAAAUUAAAUAAAUGUCACAUGAUCACUAAUUGAUACCGGUAUUUUCAAAUUCUUUUGAAAAUGAUCUGCACAGAAAACUACAGACUGGAAGAAUCUCAUGAAACAAGUCUAAUCAUAAAAUUAGUUCUGGUAAGUUGUGGUACAAAUUCAAUGGUUCUCAUAUAUAAAGUCUCUCAUUUAAGUUUUUUUUUAUAAUAAUUAUUUCACUUUUUUCCCCCCUUAUUUUUAAAAUACCUAUAGUAACGGUAGGAGCAAUAAAUAAAGACAUGGAUAUUUUGUAACUUUAAAAUCAAAUAUAGAAAUUGUUUGAAUAUAAAUGUUUUUAAAAUUGUAUAAGUUGAGUGCAUUUUUUUCCCAACAGUUCCAGUUUGUGAACUCAUUUCUUUCUUUGUUUUACAUUGGAUUUUACCUUCGUGAUAUGGAUCGCCUUCGUGAUGUAUGUUCAAUGUUUUAUAUUAGUAACUUCCCUCUGUGUCAUUUUGUGUCUAUAUUUCUUUAAUUUAAAUUAUGCCUUAAUUUAAUGCUAAUUUACGUUCAAUUGAUGUCUUUUAAAUUGAAAUGUUAAUAGCUUUGUAUACAAACAUUAAUUUAAAAAAAAAAAUUUAAUUAAUUUAAAGGGUAAUGAAAAAAAUUUUAAGUGAGAAAUAUUAUUUUUCAUUCUUCUCCAUUGUCAAAAAUAUAUUCCUAGUUUAGUUUUUAUAUAUUGUAAUUUUCAUCAUUGCAGUUUUUAUUAUUUUUUUUUAUACAUAUAUGAUAAAAAAAAAUCAUUAUUAAAAUUUUCCCCAUUAUUACUCUGUCAGCAAUUAGCAGCUUUGUUAAUCACACGUCAAGUCCUGGGAAAUCUGAAAGAAGCUUUGUUGCCUUACAUCAUUUGGAAAGCUCGUCUGUACAGUGUCGGCUACCGGAUAGUGACACGAAUGUCACCGGCCUCGGUGGAAAAGGAGGUGCGGAGGAUGACAACACGCCCCGAUCCAGAUAUCAACUGCCCGGCCUCAAGGCCAGGCAAGAAAGAUAAAGGCAAGCGGGAGGGCGUCAAUGAUUCUGACAGUGAUGAUAGUCCGGUAACAGAAGAGGAAGAUGAAGGUCUUCCUGCCUUAACCCAAGCUGAAGUAGAAAGUGCAAUGAAAAAAGUUAGUCAUUUUAGGACUCAAAUAAUGACAUUUAGCUUAAGAUACAACCUUCUUGUUAUUAGUUAGGAAAUAUGUUAGGUCUGCAGGUCUCAGGGUAUUGUCUGCAAUCCUCACCUCUUUAAUUACGGGGAAAAGUUAUUUAAAGCAACCCACCUUUGUUGACUGUUAUGUACCAUUGUAAGUAUAGAGAAUUUAAUAUCUUAUUUGAGUAUAUUGCUCGUUGAAAAACAGUACACAACAAAGACGAUACCAUAAAUUAUAUACAGUAAUAAAGAAAACGAUACCCAAAUUAGGGCUAAUUACAAUUAAUAAUUUUAUUAAGUUAAUUAUAAAUUACCAAAUAAAAAAGAAAUAACAACUAAAGCUAUUGACUUUAAGUACAGUGAUGACUUGUACCGGUACAAUGUUGAAGAAGAUACAAUGUUGUAAAAGGUACAAUGUUGAAAAAGGAACAUGCACACGGCAAAUAUUAGUAAACAAAUCUCUGUCUCGUAAAGCAAAUCUCUCGCUGCUCAUCUCUUCUGUGCGUAUUUACAGUCUGUUUUACUGUUACUGACUUUUCUAGAAAGGGCUUACACACUGUACAGGCACCUCGACCAAUCAGUUUUAUUCUAAGGGAUUCAAAUAAUACAAACUAUAUACUCUAUUUAUCUGUAAACAAGGUCAAGAGAGACUAUUUUUAAUUAGCCACACCCAAAACGCGGCACCGAACUUGGGGUCAGCUAAAGUUCAUUCACGAGAAAAGAUUACCAAAAGUAAACAAUACGCCUUUAACAUGACACCGUAUCAUGCUUUACCAACUACUAUGGGUUGGGUUAUGAAAUAAGUUUAAAUUUGCAUAAGUCAUAUGGGUAAAAUCAGUGUUGAGGGUGUACAGGUUUGUUAGGAAACUUUCUCAGCUGAAUAGUUGGCAGUCAUAAUCAAGUCAUAUGUCAGGAAACUUUCACAGCUAAAUAGUUGGAAGUCAUAAUCAAGUCAUUUGUUAGGAAACUUUCACAGCUAAAUAGUUGGCAGUCAUAAUCAAGUCAUUUGUUAGGAAACUUUCACAGCUAAAUAGUUGGCAGUCAUAAUCAAGUCAUUUGUUAGGAAACUUUCACAGCUAAAUCGUUGGCAGUCAUAAUCAAGUCAUUUCUGUUGAAACUUUCACAGCUUCUAUUCAAAUCAAUUUAUUGAUGCAGAUAGAAGAUGCAAAAAGGAAUGAUUGAUUAUUACAGAUAUCUGAUUUCUAUUUUUACUUGCCUUAUAAAAAUAUGUCUUUUGUUAUGUCUGUGUCCCAGUAUGAAGAUACUUUAGAUGACUAUAACUAUGUCAUGUCUGUGUCCCAGUAUGAAGAUACUUUAGAUGACUAUAACUAUGUCAUGUCUGUGUCCCAGUAUGAAGAUACUUUAGAUGACUAUAACUAUGUCAUGUCUGUGUCCCAGUAUGAAGUUACUUUAGAUGACUAUAACUAUGCCAUGUCUGUGUCCCAGUAUGAAGAUACUUUAGAUGACUAUAACUAUGCCAUGUCUGUGUCCCAGUAUGAAGAUACUUAAGAUUACUAUAACUAUGCCAUGUCUGUGUCCCAGUAUGAAGAUACUUUAGAUGACUACCUGGAGAUGUGUAUACAGUUUGGUUACAUCACCCUGUUCUCAUCAGCCUUCCCACUAGCAGCCCUGUGUGCCUUGUUAAACAACAUCAUCGAGAUUCGAUCAGAUGCCUUCAAGUUGUGUCUGACCUUCCAACGACCCUUUGGUCAGCGUGUGGAUAGUAUUGGUAUAUGGCAGGUAGGGUUCCAUGUGGACAGGAUGUUGACAGUAUUUGUGUAUGACAGGUAGGGUUCCAUGUAGACAGGAUGUUGACAGUAUUUGUGUAUGACAGGUAGGGUUCCAUGUGGACAGUAUGUAGACACUAUUUGUGUAUGACAUGUAGGGUUCCAUGUGGACAGGAUGUUGACAGUAUUUGUGUAUGACAGGUAGGGUUCCAUGUGGACAGGAUGUUGAUAGUAUUUGUGUAUGACAGGUAGGGUUCCAUGUGGACAGGAUGUUGACAGUAUUUGUAUAUGACAGGUAGGGUUCCAUGUAGACAGGAUGUUGACAGUAUUUGUGUAUGACAGGUAGGGUUCCAUGUGGACAGUAUGAUGACAGUAUUUGUGUAUGACAGGUAGGGUUCCAUGUGGACAGGAUGUUGACUGUAUUUGUGUAUGACAGGUAGGGUUCCAUGUGGACAUGAUGUUGACAGUAUUUGUGUAUGGCAGGUAGGGUUCCAUGUGGACAGGAUGUUGACUGUAUUUGUGUAUGACAGGUAGGGUUCCAUGUGGACAGGAUGUUGACAGUAUUUGUCGAUGGCAGGUAGGGUUCCAUGUGGACAGGAUUUUGACAGUAUUAGUGUAUGACAGGUAGGGUUCCAUGUGGACAGGAUGUUGACAGUAUUUGUCGAUUGGCAGGUAGGGUUCCAUGUGGACUCUAAGCUUUGGUCUGUUAACCAAAUGACCAUUUUGAACUAAAAUAUUAUUGGGUAAUCUUAUUUCCCAAAGGAAUUAACAUAAAAUAUUAGGACUAAAAGAAUCGAUGAUUUGUUUGUCCACAAAGGAACACUUGAUUCCUAAUUGUGUUUUUUAUGUUGAUCCUCAUUAGCCAUAUCUCAGAUGCUGUUUACUGAAUGCUCACAUAACUGGCAUGUUACCCUCCCUUGUGUAAUGUCUAAACAAUGCUAAUGUCCAUCAACUAAAUUAUUUAUGAAAAAAUCUGAGCUUAAAAACCAGCUCAUUCCUUGUAAAUGCUGCUUUCAGUCUCCAACUAUUGUCCUGAAAAACAACCUGAUGUAUCUGACCAAAACUUUUGUUUGCAGGUUUCAAGGUAUUAAUUUAAGUCAGUCUUAGCACAAAACUCUACCAAAAUUCAUUCCAAUCUUACAACACAGAUUAGUAGAGCCAUAGUUGGGCCAGCCAUAGCAGAGCCAUAAAAAUAACUAUUCACCAACUCUCUAAUUCUAUGGAUCCAGUUUUCAGAGUAGUUAAAUUUAAAUGAUGACUUUGUUCUCACUUAUCUCCUGGGGGCCGGUUGUUCUCAGUUUGCUCCUGGGGGGCCGGUUGUUCUCAUUUAUCUCCUGGGGGCCGGUUGUUCUCAGUUAUCUCCUGGGGGCCAGUUGUUCUCACUUAUCUCCUGGGAGCUGUGUUAAAACUCAUUCUCACACCCCUCAACUGAUAAACAAUGCUGGAUGCUGCUGGGUGCUGUCCAUGGCUAGACAGGGGUAGAUAGUACUUGGGUGGUUGAGGCCAAGCUUUUCGCAAAUUGUUGUUUUUAAAUGUAUAAUUUUCUGUAAUUGCUCAUUUUUAUGUGAAGCGCAGUGAGCCUAGCCCUAGGCUGGAGCACUGCACUAUAUAAGUGAGCCUAGCCCUAGGCUGGAGCACUGCACUAUAUAAGUGAGCCUAGCCCUAGGCUGGAGCACUGCACUAUAUAAGUGAGCCUAGCCCUAGGCUGGAGCACUGCGCUAUAUAAGUGAGCCUAGCCCUAGGCUGGAGCACUGCUCUAUAUAAGUGAGCCUAGCCCUAGGCUGGAGCACUGCACUAUAUAAGUGAGCCUAGCCCUAGGCUGGAGCACUGCUCUAUAUAAGUGAGCCUAGCCCUAGGCUGGAGCACUGCGCUAUAUAAGUGAGCCUAGCCCUAGGCUGGAGCACUGCACUAUAUAAGUGAGCCUAGCCCUAGGCUGGAGCACUGCUCUAUAUAAGUGAGCCUAGCCCUAGGCUGGAGCACUGCUCUAUAUAAGUGAGCCUAGCCCUAGGCUGGAGCACUGCGCUAUAUAAGUGAGCCUAGCCCUAGGCUGGAGCACUGCGCUAUAUAAGUGAGCCUAGCCCUAGGCUGGAGCACUGCACUAUAUAAGUGAGCCUAGCCCUAGGCUGGAGCACUGCGCUAUAUAAGUGAGCCUAGCCCUAGGCUGGAGCACUGCACUAUAUAAGUGAGCCUAGCCCUAGGCUGGAGUACUGCGCUAUAUAAGUGAGCCUAGCCCUAGGCUGGAGUACUGCGCUAUAUAAGUGAGCCUAGCCCUAGGCUGGAGUACUGCGCUAUAUAAGUGAGCCUAGCCCUAGGCUGGGGUACUGCGCUAUAUAAAACCACCACAAUAAUAAUUAAACUAAUUGUUUAUGUUGCAGGAUGUUUUGUUAGUGAUAAGUGUCCUUGCUGUAAUAGUCAACUGUUCUCUCAUCGGUACCGCUGGUCUCUUGGAGCGCAUGUUACCUGGCUUCACCUCAACGGCUUAUUGCAUAAUCAUUGUUUUAGUUGAGGUACGUAAAACAAAGACAAGAAAUAUCAGCUUUUAAAAAAAAAUUUUUUACUGUUAGCAAAAUGUCAAGAUCUUUGUCUUUGUCUUUUUUAAGUAGGCAUUAUCACCUGACAAUUUCUCCAUGCAUUCCACUAAAAUUCUCAGAGGAUCCAUCUUGUCUUCUCCUCAGCAUUUUAUCCUGACAACAAAGUUUGCCCUGUACAGAUCCAUAUCAGAUCUCCCACCUGGGAUGGCUCAAGAAAUGGCAAGAUUGGAAUACCAGCGAACAGAAGCACUGAAGGUGAUGUCAAACACGACAAUGAAAACAUCUGAAUUUAUUGAUAGGGCUCUAGCGGGCAGUUGUCAUUUAUUAUUUAUCAUUUUGUCUGAGGGAAAUUUCAUCUCUGGAUAAGAAAAAGCAUCAAUGGUUUUUUUGUUUUUUUUUCAGCAAUUGGUUUCCCAAAUUGGCCAGAACCAUGGUGUUGGCAGUCUUAUUUCACACUACCCAGGGAGUCCGGGCAUGCGCAGGAGAAGGGUGGCUGAGGAUGUCAGAGAAGCAUCCCCUCCCCCAGGCUCGGGUGUUAAGGCAGGUGUGCCAGCCCCUACCGUGAUCACUGCUACCAGCUGCUUGGCCAUGAGACCAACAGACUUCUAUUCUUUACCAGACACUGCGAAAACUUUGUGUACAGAGUCCUUGAAGCCUGAGGUCCCGCCACGUUCUUCCGUCUCCAGCCAACCGUCGUCGCUCCAUUCAAAUGUAGCGGACAAAAUAGUUGCGGCUGCCUUCCACCCGAUGUUUGACAAGUCACCAUCUCUAGUCAACUCAUCUGCUCCAUCAUCAUCACCUGUAGCAGGCAGACCAGUUCUCCACCCCGUCAUGGCAGAGUCUAAAGGGACUUCAGAGGUGAUGAAGAGAGUCUAUCGUAGAAGGGCGGCGCUAGAGGAUCUGCAAAGGAGAAGAUCGGAGCCUGUGGCGUCAGCUGUGACGCAAGCUCUAUCUAUACAAACAGAUGGAAUAAAAGAGAAAGUUUUAUCUGAACAACAAGGAGAUUUAAAGGAAGCGAGUGAAGGGAAUAAAGAUCAAAUUAAAAAGGAUCAAGAAGCGCCUAAUGAACUAAAUAAUUCAGAAGAUAAAAAAACAAUAAAAAAUCAGUCACCCACUUUCACUCUGUCUCAGGUCCCAGGGGGUUUAGAUGUGCCACUUCCACCAAAAGCCACUUCUCUAUCCACGUCCUCGUUAAAGUAUUCAGUUUCACCUCGGCUUCCAAGAGGUGGACUUUUUGGGGAUCCAUCUUUUCUAGCUACUAAAAUCCUGUCCAGGAAGUCUCGAUCUUUUUCCAGUGCCGAUGUUAGCGAAACAAAACCAGCUUUUCGUGAACGGUUCUCCUGGAAGGGGGAACUACCAGGCCUGGGUAAGAGCCUUCUGGCAGCCAAUCAGAAACAGACCGACUCUGUGGGUAAGGCAUUACCAGCUGAUGCAAGGUCCAGCAAAUCAGAAACAACAGGUGGGGAACUUGAGGCCAAUGAUGGCAGGAAAAGUUCCAGUCUUUCACAGGGCGUCCUAAGUUCAGGAAGUGCUGGGGCUAGUAAGACUGCAAUGAAACCUCCAAGUGGACAUAAAUUGAAAGACAAAGACAUAAUUAAAUCAGAUAGUGAAACCAAGCUAAGUAUGUUGAAGGCGAUCAGAGAAAGUGUCAGCAAACCUCUGAGUCUUACCUCUCGUAACUUGGACCCUAAAGGAAAGAAAUUGUGAACGCAGCAAACCUCUGAGUUUUACCUCUCGUUACUUGGACCCUGAAGGAAACAAACGCAUUGCAUUCUCCACUGACCUAGAUAAAAUUUGAAUCUUGCUACACUACUGAUGUCAAGCAUUGCUUCCAAAUUAUGAAAACAAUUUAAGAAUGAGAUAUAUUUUCACCUGUCCUUGUAUCAAUCAGCUUUAUAACCAAUGUUUGUACUAGUUUAAUAAAACAAUGCAAUAAGAAAAAGUAAUAGAAAAAAAUAGUAGCCCAAUUAAAUGAUCUUUUCUCAAGGAAGGUAACUAGAAAUGAACGGAAGCAGAAUGUAUAAAUCACACUGUCUCUGUCUUAAAACUACACAAUUUAUUACUUAAAUGAUUUAACAUAAUUUGUGUUUUGAUCUAAACAAGCAGAGAAAACAUAAUUAAUCUCACCAUUGAGACAUAAACAUCUCAUCAGAGACAUACAGCAUCUCACCAUUGAGACAUACAACAUCUCAUCAGAGACAUAUAAUAUAAACAAACCUAUUGUCUAUUGAUCCCAUAGUAUUGAUCCCUCUCAAUGGAUAACAAUGGGGUUCUUUUGUCAUUUUCAAAACAUUUUUUAAAUCUCUGAAUAUUGUAAUAUCCAAAUUUUAAUGCAUAAUUUAAGAUUGUGAAUUUCUCUAUUUUCAUUUGUGGGUGUUGUGUGAAGGGCAGGGUAUCUUUCUUACAUUUUUAUAUACACAUAAAAUGCCAUUAUAUACAUAUAAGAUAUGUAAAUGCUGACCAUCAAAUGGCCCAAAAUCAUUACCAACAAAGACUUCCUGGAAAGGACCUUCCAGGAGCCUACUGCUGAAGACAUCAUAAGGAAAAGAUGGAGGUGGAUAGGCAAAAAUACUUUGAGACGCAGUUAGAGGCGGACAAAAAGUAUGGGAUACACCUGGAAACAAAUGGAAAAGAAAGCACAGAACCAACAUAAAUGGAAAAUUCUUGUGGACGGUCUAAGCCCUAGGUGGGGUAAAUGGCAUAAGUAAGCUAGGUGGGGUAAAUGGCAUAAGUAAGCCUGGAGGGGUAAAUGGCAUAAUUAAGCUAGGUGGGGUAAAUGGCAUAAGUAAACCAGGUGGGGGUAAAUGGCAUAAGUAAGCUAGGUGGGGUAAAUGGCAUAAGUAAGCCAGGAGGGGUAAAUGGCAUAAUUAAGCUAGGUGGGGUAAAUGGCAUAAGUAAGCUAGGUGGGGUAAAUGGCAUAAGUAAGCCAGGAGGGGUAAAUGGCAUAAGUAAGCUAGAUGGGGUAAAUGGCGUACGUAAGCUAAUUUACUAAAUUCAUUCUUGCAUUAAAUAAGCAGCUGUAAAUAAAAUGAAUUCUAUUUUGUGUGGAGGGAUUUCUGUCAAACUAUAAUUUCUGCCCCAAAUCAUGCCUACUAACCCCCCACCCCUUGUAACCUUUAAAAAAAAUUUUAACAAAAAAUGUAGAUUGUUAAACUCUCUUUUGGAAAAUGUUUUCAUUUAUGGUUAUCUCCCUUUAGCUACCUGUACUUAUAAAAUAAAUCCAUACUAAUCAACUUGUUGAUGCUCUUACAAUGUAAUUACAACAUUUCUUGCCAGUCAGUAGCAUUAUCCAUUGUGCAAAGAUGAGAUUGUUUUGAAGCUCAUUUACUGUUUACAUAGGUUUGAACCUUUUUAUUGAAAUUCCUGAAUUUAAAGAUAAUCAGUCAAUGUUGUGAAACUAAUAUCAUUUUAUAAACGUUUACUAAAACAACCUUUUAACUGGUUUAGUCUUAUAAACAUAAUAAUAAGACAACCUUGCAACAAAAGGUCUUUAAGUUUAAACAUCAUUGUUAACUCCACAAUUAUAUUUUGCCAUUUGUUUUUGCAAUGAAUAUUUGUGAUGUUUUAAAUUUCUUUGUGGAAGGAUGAAAUUUUUCUUUUGCUAAAUAAAUUCCAGAGCGUUAGUUUUAAAAAUGUAACUGUAAUCUUUGACUAUUUGUACUUCAACCUUUCCCGUUCAAUCAAAAUAAAUUGUAGAGACCGUGACACUUUUGUUUCCUACUCAUUUCCCUUUUUUAACUCUUACAAAAUAAAUAAUCAAUUAUAAUUUGCAUAAACAAUCUUGUCCUACUUUAAAUGUUGAGAUUUUUUUUCUCUACAUGGAUGCAUAUCAGUACAGGGAAAUCUAUUAAUACUUUUCUAUUUAUAGCCCAAUGAGUUUUCUAUGUGUAGCUCUAUGGGUUUUUACUCAUCCUUUCCUUACGCUUGAAGCUUUUUGCUGCGCCAAAUUAUUUAUAUUUUACUCAUAAAAUAUUUUUUCAAUCUUUCUAUAUUAAGUUUUAAUAUUCAGUUUUUCAUCAACGAAUGUUUAGUC